AUGACUAUGCUUCACGGUCCAAAGACAGGGCGAUCAAUGUGUUACGCGGUGCCGACUGGUCACUUCUCUCAAUCGUACCGUUGCUUCGCAAAGCCUUACUGCGGGUUGAAUCCUGUUAGUGUCUUGCAAGACGUGCUAGAGGUGCGCGCCAAGUAG